AUGAAUACUAGUAUUUCCGUCGCACGCGAAUGCAUAUCUGCAUUCAACCAGCUCCGAUCAGGGUCAGAAGCUACCAGACCGAGGUUCAUCAUCUACAAGAUCUCCGACGACUACAAGAGUAUUGUAGUCGAGGAGACAUCUACAGAGAAAGAUUGGGACAUGUUUCGCCUGAAGCUAUGGCAUGCAGCCGACAAAGAUGGGAACCCGGCUCCACGGUAUGCUGUCUACGACAUGGAAUAUGAGGUUGGGAGCGAAGGGCAGCAUGGGCAAAAUUUGACCAAAAUCUUUGAUCUCAAGGCAUCAAUUGAUGCGGACUGCAUGGAAGACCUUGAAUGGGCGAUUGUCAUGAAGGAGGUCAUUGAGGAGCUGGGUAUAGGAACUUCAUCGGUAUCGCUAAAGCAUCACGCAUGA